AUGCCUAGCAACGCAACUACCGCUUCUUCAGUGUGCAGCGAAUUGCAUACUCCCGACACGGUGCCACAGGCGAGCAUCGACAUGAACAAGGUGCUGGAAGUGGCGGACGCCGAGGAGGUGACGGGCAACGCCUUCAGCUUGGCCAUCACGGCGCCCGACCGCGUGCACUUCGUCAAGGGCACGUGCCGCGAGGAGUACCGGAGCUGGAGCGACGUUCUCUCCGUCUUCCCGCGCUCCAAGGGUCGACAUAAACGCAAUGCAACAUUUCCUGGAGGACAAUCGACAAGCAUACAUCAACCCAGCCCAACCAUCAGAGCGUCAACGCCUCAGGAGUCUCGUCCAAGGUUCAACAGUUGUCAUUCUGAGCCUCGGCCAAUUCAUCACACUCCACCAUCGAGUUCUUGGUUGCAAGUUGAAGGAGAUGUGUAUCCCACAAGAGAUGUCAGCCCUGUUGUGACAGACACCCCUCCAAGAGUGCCUGCAUCUGCUCCAGUGGAUACACGCAAAGAUGGCAGUCUUCCACAAAGGCCCCAUGUAGCACUGGCUCUUUAUACACCAGUGCAUGGGAUUGAUUUAAAUGAUGCAGUCUUAGAUGUAAAUAGUGAGCUGUGUACAAUUUUUAUAGCUUACCAUGAUCAACCUGCCUCUUCAGCCUCCCCUCCCACCAGAGACAAAAUCCAGAGUGAAGAGAAGGCGCGCACUCGCCGUGUGCAGAACAGGGAGAAGAGAGGAGUGAGAUCGGGCCGAAGCUUUUCCGAAGACUUCAGCGGGAUGCUUCCUGGGUGGCAGGACAGCCACAGACCUCCUACUGACCCACAGAGGGACAAUGAUGUGGCCCGCCGAAUUCUCUUUGAUUAUGAGGAUGAAAGCAAACGAGAUGAGAAGCUCAAAGAUAUAGCCGAUUCUAUUACUCGACCACGAUUCCGACGACACCAAGGUAUAGGUUACCAUCGAGGUCUGGCAGGUGUAGUGAAGCCUACACGUGACAGUGACUGUAGUGAAGAAGAUCAAAAGAAAAAUAUACAAGGGACAGAUCAGCCGGAUGCAUCUGGUGAUAAACUGGUGCGUGGAGAUCCUGAUGGUUGUGGCCUUGACUUGUCAUCUCAGCGAUAUUCACCAAGUUCAGAACUUCGAGUGGAUCUUCCUGCUGAAGAUUUGCUUAAUAUAAAGAAGGGUUGGCUUAUGAAGCAGGGUUUGAACAAAGAAUUCAACAAGCACUGGUUUGUUUUGAGAGGAACUGCUCUCAUGUACUAUCGAGAUCCAUCUGCUGAAGAUAAAGGCAUCUUAGAUGGUGUGCUUGAUCUGAGUGGUGUCCGCAGUGUGUCAGAAGUACAAGUAGUCAGAAAUUAUGGCUUUCAGGCAACGUCGUGGGAUGAACGGCGAUAUGUGCUCUCAGCAGUGACAGCUGGUAUUCGGAAUAACUGGAUGUCUGCAAUUCGACGAGCAGCAGGCCUGCAAGAACCAAAUGUACUUGAUGGAUCAACUAUUAGUGUUGGGGAAAAGCUUGAGCGCGAACUGGAUACCACUCAAGUCCCAGUUGUGUGUUCAGAACGAGAACCAUCCAUAGUGCCUAGUACUCCCCUCACUCCACGCUCGGUGCUGUUCUCUUCUGAUGAAGAGUACCGAACAGCAUCUGAGGGAGGCCGGCGGGAGAGUGAAGACUGGGGGGAGCCUCUGACCCCUUUGCCUCCGUCACCACCUUUGAACAGGACUCCCAUUUCGAGAGUGAAAGAAAAGGCGAGGUCUCGUGUGUAUAAGCGAUCGCGAUCUUCUCCUCCAUCUUCAAGGAGAUCUACUCUUGAUUCGGUUCGACCUGAUGACUUGUUGCUGGCAUGCUGUGGGGAAGUGCCCGAAUCAGAUGCAGAGGAAAGUACAGGAAUGGAGUCUGUAAAGAGUUCGUUAUUUGACUCAGCAGAUAGUCAAUCCACCGAAAUUGAUGAACUCAAGAGGCAACUGAGUAAUGCAUUAUGUGAUGUUGGUAAUGCCGAAAAAGAACUUUUGAAACUACGUCAUCAUAAAAAUGAAAUGGCUGCCUUGGAAAAACAGGUGAAAGAUCUUCUUGCAUCUUUGCAACAUACAGAAAUGCAGCUAGAGCAGCGCACUCUGGAAGUGGCUGAACUUGAGCAACUGAAGCAAAAUUACAAAGUGUUGCUACAAGAACAUGAAGAACUACUUGCCCGAUGGCGUGAGCAUACAUCAGGACCAGAAUGGAGAUCGUUGUAUCAACAAAUUCAAGAAAGGUAUCAUUCAGACUCUGAAGAGUGGCAACGCAAGCUCAACACUACUGAAGCUGCUUUGGAACAAACCUCACAGGUGUGCGAACGUUUGGGUCGGGAGUUGUCUGCUGAACAGAAUGUUUCUCUGAGACUCAGAGAAGAAGUCACAAACUUACAGCAGCGACUGUCUCAUGGUAUUGAUGAAAAUGAGAGUCUGUACCAGAGAGUACAUGAUUUGGAAAAUCAGGUUGCCACUGCUGGAAGUCCCAGUAGAAGUUCCUCAACAAGCGGUGGACUCAGUGCUUCUCGGGAACGAGGGCGGAGUGUGGAUUCUCUGAGUGAUCUGACUAAAAUAGAGCUGGAUAUGAGUCCCAGUGAAAUGGACCGAGAAAGAUUAUUAGAGGAGUAUGAAGAACUGAGAGGGAGAUUUGAGAAAGCGGUAGCAGAAAUAAGAGCAAUGAGACGAGAACUUCGGGAAUCUCAUGCAUUAUAUGAUGAUUUAGAACUAGUCUGUAUUAGUCUGCGCCAGGAAGCAAGUAGUAAUGAAGGAGCCCACAACUCAGAAACAUCUCUGAUGGUUUCUCGUAUAGAAGAUUUGACAUUGAAACUAAGUGCUGCAGAAAAACAGGUUCGGACACUAAAACAGAAGUUAACAAAAUCUGAAUCUCGAGAUAAGAGACGCUCCCUUUCCUUGAAAGGGAGAGAAUCUUUCCAAAUAUGCAAGGAACUAGAAGAAAAGUUGGGUGAAUUGGAAGCAAAGAUAAUAGCUUUAGAAACAGGCAAACACGUCACGCAACCCAAAGCUACAAAGACUCCUGGAAGCGAAUCUCCUCAGAAGUCACAGUCAGAAGAUGCAUCCAAGGGAGAUACUUUGAAAGCAUCAUCAUCCAGACUGAGGCGGAAAUCUCUUGAUAGUGCUACUAGCUCAGAACCUAUGAAAGUUUUAAUUCGUUUGAGUUCAUUAGAAGCCAAAGUAAAGAAAGCAACGGAAAAACUUGUUUCUGAAGAUGGACUGAUUUACAAACCUGAGAGUGAACCUUGCCAAUCUGUAGCUGUAAAUGUUGAAAGUCCAAGAGAAACACCAUCUGAGGAAAAUCCUCCUGAAGAAAGUGUGUAUGUCAGGCAGCUAGAAGAUUUAGUUAUUAAAUCUCGUGACAAAGUUCAGGAGUGCCUUAAUUUAAUGUCAACAGCUCUUCAAGACAGAUCUAUGAACCACACAGGUGCUUUGUUGGACAACUUUGCUGUUUUGGAGCAAAGGCUUUGUGAAGUCAAAGAUAUGCUUCAAGAGUGCAAUACUCAGUGCUUGCCGCUUGAUUUAGAAGUUACCAUGGAACCACAGGAUGAAAAUUCUGUGAAGAAUUCUGUGCAGUGUGUGGUGAGUCGUUUAGAAAGCAUGUUGAGAACAAAAUUAACUUUCCUGUUAGCAAAAAGAGAUGCUCUUCGUAGAAGUAAUAAGUUGGAUCGAGAAGCUCAGUUACACCUCUUAGCAGAAAAAUUAGCUUAUGAAACAAUAUUAGUAAAAAGGAUUGCUCAGUCAGUAUUGCAGUCUGAAGAUGGAACAAGUAAAUUUAAGAAGUGGGUCAUGGACAAUGAGAUUUUGCAAAGCACUAGACUCAUUUCUGCUUUGAAAUCUAAACUCAGUGGACAUGAUCAGGAAGAACAUCACUGUGAGUCGUCAGUAGAAUACUUAACGAAAGUUUUGGUCAAGAAACUUCUCCUUCAGAGAAAACUUGCACUUCAAAACUCUGGUGCUGUGGUCAAAGAGAGCUCUCCUCCCGCAUCUCCAAGUAACGCCAAUUCAAGUAUCAUUAAAUUAUUGUUGAAAAGGCAACAGGAAUUAAAUGAUUCAGUUCACAACUACAAAACAGCAAAGUUGAGCGAAUUAGCUGCAUCGUUAGCAAAUGAAACACUGAGCUACACGAAUGAUGAAGGGUGUCAAGCAAAUGAUCGAAACGAAAAGGCAUCAUCAUCGCUAGAAGAUCGAAUGAUUCGAGAGGCUUGGGAGAUGGCUCAGGAAGCUGUGAAUAGGGAACUUAUUCAAGCAGAGAUUUCCCAUAUCACAAUGCGCUGUGGUCAGUUGUACGAAGCCCAGCUCACUGCAGAGCAAGAAGCAACAUUUAGCUUCAUGGCAAAACAUAGGUCCAUUUUAGAGCAAUGGUCUGAUGCUGUUGAGAACAUUCUUCAGCAAGAAAUGGAAUCCAGCAUUGAAGAGUUAACUCAGAAAUAUGAGGACUGUGUUGAUAAGUGGAAACAUAAAGGUUCUCUAAGGCAGCGAAAGCAUAGUGAUUCAGAUGCAGAAGAAUCUCGUAGGCUUCUUUCAGAAUUCUCUGAUGUGAUGGCUCACAAAGCUUUAAUUGAUGCUAGAAUAUCGUUGUUACUACAGGAAGGUCCUUAUAAUGAAUUUUCCAGUGUUGUUAAUGAAGGAAGUUCUGCAGAUGCUUCUAACUUCUUGGAAAUCGAUCCUUUGUUGUCUGAUGAAGGCUGCAAUUUGGAAAUUUUGGCUUGCACAGAAUUUGAACAUUUGUACCAGCAUUUUGCAAAUGAAUGUAAUUCUUCUAUUGAAGCAUUGCAGAGUCCAAAGAAAAGUACAAAAUCUCAAGAAUCCAUUGACACAGUCAUGAAAUCGUUACUUGGCCUGGAGGAAAGUCUUUGUAGGCUUCGACAGUGCAUGGAAUCAGAAGUAUCUCUUGGUGCUGGUCAAAAAUCUACAAAAUCCGUUAAUUUGGAAAAUAAUGUUAAAAAGGAUAGUGAAAUAACAUGGAAUGCUAUUUGCUCAAAAUGUUCAACACUGCAAGAUAUGGUGGCAAAUCUUACCCAAUGUGUGUUAGAUGGCCAGGAGUGUCAGAGAUGCCAACAGCUACAAGCAGCUGUUCAAAGAUUACGUGAACAACAUGAGGAUCAAAUUCAAGAGUUGAAACUUAGUCAUGAGAAAGCUAUGAAUUUACUGCACAGCACCUUGGAGCAAAAGCAGAAUGAGUUGAUUUCUAAACAUCAACAAGAAAAUGAGGAAUUGAGAGAGAAAGCCCAGCAGCUACAAAUGCAGCUGGAUUCUCUUGAUUCUGAGUAUAAUCAGCAAGUAGCAAAUCUUCGCAGCCUCUAUGAGAAAACUAUAGCAUCAGGUUCUGUUGACAGAUUUGAUGACAAAAACAUACAACAGCGUUAUCAGUAUGAAGUGGAACAUUUGAAGGCUUUGUGUGAGAAGGGUCUUAUUGCUAUGGAGAAGAGUCAUCGUCGUAUUAUAGCCGAAAUGGAAGAAAAACAUCAACAAGAGUUGGAACAAAUGCGCCAAGAAAAGGACCAGGCUCUUGCUGAAGAAACGCAGGCUACUCUUGCAGCUUUGGAUGCUAUGAGAAAAGCUCACGAGAUUGAAGUUCAAAAGGAAAUUGCGAAAUUUAAGGCUGAAUUCAUGAAAAAAGUGCAGUAUUCAAAGGAUUUUGGUGCCUUACAUAAGGAGCACAUUGAGGAAAUUGAAGGAAUCAAGAAAGAGAUUUUAUCAUUAUCAGAGAAGUACUCCAAUAAAUGUGUAGAAUCUGCAACUCUUGAAGAGCAGUUAGCAAUGGCCCAUCAGCAUAUUAUACAACUGGAUGCCAGGAACAAGAAAUUGAAGGCACAAGUGGAAAAUUCAAACAGUUCCUCCAGGGAUCAGGAUAGCCUGCAUGGGGACGAGCCGAACACUCUUGCACAUUUGUGCAAAGAGGCCAGACCCGGCAAGGAAGCAGCAUUGUCACAAUUGUGGUCUCAACUGCUCCUGAUGGCUGCUCCUCAAACUCUUCACAACCCAGGUAUGGUAGAGGAACAGCAUUCUACAGCUCCCAUGAUAUUGGUGGUGGAGCCAUCUUUAACUGCUCCCCAGUUGGCAUGUCCAAGGGAAAUGAGUCCAGCCCAAUUCUCAAGGAACCCUGUUCUAGUCCCAGGACCGACGACACCAGCAGCAACGGCAGUAACAAACAGCCCAAGGAACCGCCAGCUCUCUCCAGUGCAGGUAACAAUUUUGAAAUAAGAUUUGUAUUUUGUAAAUUAAUGGGAAAAUCGUAUGGUAGAUAGUAUAAGUUCCAAAGAUAAUGCAUGGCCCUUCGAGAAGAAGAAAGAACAAAAGAAACAAAGGAAAAAAUUAGAAAGAGAAAAAUAGAGAAGAAAAAUUUGUUGUUGUGGAAAAACAGAGAUGAAAAACUUGUUAUGUUUUUGGUUGUACAUAUUAUUUUAACAUAUGACAAUGAAAACCUUUCUCUGUUUUGGAAAAAAAAUUGUAAAGUUUUCCUCCUUGCAAGUUAUGAUCG